AUGGGUGUCCUCCGAUCUUUUGUCUCCCUCAUCGCCGCGGCUGCAGUCGUCAGCGCCAGCCCGAUCGAGCGCCGUGCUCCCAUCGACUCAGACAAGGUCGUGGGAUUCGCCGAGACUGUUCCUUCCGGCACCACAGGGAGCGUUUACCUCGCCUACAAGCCGUACCUCAAGGUCGUCAAUGGCUGUGUUCCAUUUCCAGCUGUGAAUGCUGCGGGAGAGACGAACGCCGGACUUAACCCGACAGGCGCGUCUAAUGGAGGGUGCUCGAGCAGUACGGGACAGGUCUAUGUUCGCGGCACUACAUCGUCUAACGGGUACUACGGGCUGAUGUACUCAUGGUACAUGCCCAAAGACUCUCCUUCCGAUGGCCUGGGACAUCGCCACGAAUGGGAGGGUGUAAUCGUCUGGCUGAAGUCGGCGACGUCCACCGCCGCGAGCAACAUCGCUGCUGUGUGCCCGUCUGCCCAUGGAGACUGGGACUGCUCGACCAGCGGGUACACUCUGUCCGGCACUAAGCCGUUGAUCAAAUACGAGAGCGUCUGGCCGGUCAACCAUCAAAUGGGCCUCACGACGGCUGUCGGAGGCACACAGCCGCUGAUCGCUUGGGAAAGCCUGCCUACCGCGGCUAGGGAUGCUCUGCAGACUGUGGACUUCGGGGCGGCCACAGUUCCGUUCAAGGACUCCACGUUCACCAAUAACUUGGCUGCCGCUACCUUCUAA